CCAUCCAGUAUAUAUAGAUAAGAUAAAGAUGGUCAUCUAUGCCAUCAAACCCUGAAAGCUACGGCAAGUCUUCGGCCGUCACUGGUAUAUCAUCAGAAAUGGAAACUGUGAAGCUCCAGCGAAACGCUCCCUGCCACGUAGUGACGCUGCCGUACCCUGGUCGAGGCCACAUCAACCCCAUGAUGAAUCUCUGCAAGCUUCUCGUUUCGAAACAACACGACAUCCUCAUCACCUUCGUCGUCACCGAAGAGUGGCACGGCUUCGUCGGAUCUGACCCUAAACCCGACAACAUCCAGUUCGCUACGGUCCCCAACGUCAUACCCUCCGAGAUCGGCCGGGCCAAGGACUUUCGGGGAUUCGUGGAGGCCGUGAACACCAAGCUGCAAGAGCCGUUCGAGCUACUUCUGGACCGGCUCGUGCCGGAGGCGAGCGUUAUAGUUGCGGAUACAUACGUGGUUUGGGCCGUAAGCGUUGGGAAUAAGAGGAAUAUUCCGGUGGCUUCGCUUUGGACGAUGUCAGCCUCUGUGUUCUCGACGUUUGAUCACGUCGAGCUGCUCAAAGAAAACGGCCACUUUGCUGCUGAUGUGUUAGUCCGUGGAGAUGAAGUAAUAGACUACAUUCCUGGAAUCUCCACCACACGCUUGGCUGAUCUUCCCACUAUAUUAUAUGGAGAUGGUUUGUCUACCCUCGACAGAGCCCUUGAAGCUGUUUCCAGCACUCACAAAGCACAGUACCUCUUGUUUACUUCAUUUUACGAGCUUGAGCCUCAAGUCUUUGACGCACUAAAAGCCAAAUUCUCUUUACCUGUCUACCCUAUUGGCCCAAGCAUUCCACACUUCGAGCUUUCAAAAAAUCCUCAUGGUAAUGACCUAAUCUAUCUGCAGUGGCUAGACUCUCAACCCAGGAGCUCUGUUCUCUACAUAUCUCUGGGAAGCUUCUUGUCUGUUUCAAACGCCCAAAUGAACGAAAUCAUUGCCGGAGUAAAGAACAGCGGUGUUAGGUUCUUUUGGGUGGCGCGUGGGGAUGCUUCUAAGCUCAAAGAUGGUGUUGGUGACAUGGGCUUGGUGGUGCCUUGGUGUGACCAAUUGAGGGUGUUGUGCCACCAGUCCAUUGGAGGGUUUUGGUCGCAUUGUGGUUGGAACUCAACUCAAGAAGCUGUCUAUGCUGGUCUUCAGGUUCUUACUUGCCCUAUAUUUAUGGACCAAAUCCCAAAUGGGAAGCAAAUUGUGGACGACUGGAAGAUCGGGUAUAGAAUGAAGAAGGAUAAAGUUGGAGGUGGAGACUUGGUUGCCAGAGAAGAGAUUGCAGAGCUUGUGCAUUGGUUUAUGGAUGUUGAAAGCAAUGAAGGGAGGGAGAUGAGGAAAAGAGCAAAACAACUCCAAGAGACUUGUCAUGGAGCAAUUGCAAAGGGUGGUUCUUCAGACUCCAAUCUUGAUGCUUUUAUCAAGGAUAUUUCGAGAUGUUAAUUACUUAACUAUAUUGCUUAAUUAAUUAAGCUCAAACAUUUCAUAUUUUCUACUAACUCUUUGCGGAAGUAAAUUUGUCACUCACUGUUGAUACGUCCACCUUCUAAUAAGAUACCACAUAUCCAUUUUUUUACUACAAUCUAACUAAGGUUAACACUCUUAUAUUUUUCUUUUCUAAUUAUUUAGAGGAAAUAAUUAUGAUUAAAUUGUUAAUUUCCUUCUUCUAAUUAAUCUGAUCAUUACUAUUCCAUCUAUUCUUUCCUCUCUUUUUUUGUUCUUUGAUAAAGAAAAAAAACCAUGACCUUGAAAAUAAGGGAUUAUCUCUAACCUAAUAUUGACCAUGACCUGAAAAGGAAAGCAUUGAUUAUUUCACUACUAGAGAAAACCCUUUUGGAGACAAUUUCUUUUGGGACAAACAAAAUUUUUGUCCCCCAUACAUGUGAUUAGAGACAAAAAAAUAUAUUCCGCCUCUAAUAGUUUUGUUAUAAAAAUCUCCAUCUCACUCUAGUAGGAGACAAAUAAGGUGACAACAAAUAUCCAUCUCAAAACUAAGAGGGAAAUAUUAUGAUUUAUUUUGUUAAGAAAAAAGAGACCCUUGUGAAAAAAAAUUAUACUUUUAUGUAAAUAUUCUUUAUAGUGAUACUGGGAAACUAUAUCUAUAAACAAGGACGAAGCAGUAAAUUUGACAUAAAAAUUAUGUUAAAAACCUAAAGAUGAUUUAGCGGAGGUGAGUGUUCUAGAUUUCGUUGAUUCGUUCAAAUCUCUAGAUUUAGGGUUUUCUAAACCAUACAAUGGGAGCAACAGGUAGCCACAAGAUCCAAUAUUAAAAUCUGAAAACCAACGGAGGAGACUUCAUGUGUCCAUAUAACUCCACCGCCAAGAACACUGAUCAAGCUUCAGCCUGAAAAUUCACCGCUGAAUAUUUCGGUGAGAACUAUACUACGAAUUAGUUCUUCAGAAGCUUUAGAGUGCAGAAGCUACUCAUUUUGGCGAUUGGUUUGAUUGGGGUCUUAUCAGGGACUUUUGACAGAUUCAACUCCAGGCUUUUAAGAACAUUCAUUUCAGAUUUAACUCCCCCCCCCCUCCUUAUAAUACAGGUCGAUGGUCAUCAGGAACCAUAAAAAAAGUUUGGCCCAGAGUCUUUCAGGAGAUCGCAAAUUGAAAGGCAACAUGUUAGUGAUGCUCUGAUGAAAUGUGUAACAAUUGAUGAUCUAGGAUUUAAUGAAGGAAUGCCAAUUGCAGCAAUCACUAUAUACAAAUGUCUUGUCCACUGGAAGUCAUUUGAAGCAGAAAAACUAGUGUAUUUGACCAGCUUAUUCAGAUAAUUGGCUUAGCAAUAGAGGAAUAUGUCGUGCAUUUCAAUAUAUUGAUAUUGAAAAGAUAGAGGCAAGACAUUACAAGGAAAUUAUUUUUGAUAUUUUUCAACUUAUAAUACCUUGGGGUUCAUUUAGCUAGCAUGGCUCCCUUUUUUGGUGUGCUGGAUCUUUUCUAGUCUGAGACUAAAGGUUGGUCAUCGGUUACGGCUUUGAAAUUGCAGGGCAAACAGACAGCUGGGCAGAUCUAUCUGUAAUAAGAGCUUGUCUUUGAUCUUUUGAUGUAUCACUCUCAUUGCAGGUGUGAUUUGGAAGAUGGUAUUGACAGUAGAGGAGCUGGAAGUCAAGUUUUUGAUCUAUGCAAAUGUGGCCUACGUACCUGUGAUGAUGGUAUUGAUGAGAUUAGAAUGCUGAAGACAAGGACGUUGGCUAGUUAUAUGCAUAAUGCAUAUAUAUGUGUAUACAUAAGUUAACUAUUUUUAUCCACACAUGGAUGUUCUUAGUUGCAGAUUUUAUUUCUGGUUGAAGAUCUAUGUAAGAUAUUUGUAAAAGUGCUCAAGUUGUUUAUGAGUAUGGGCUAAUUCAGAAGCUGAUUUUCUGUUAGUCUCUUCCGUUUAUGGGCUUGAAAGCCAAGUCAUUGAUGU